GCUGCAUUUAAACACUAGGCGGCGCGUGGUGUUUAAAAUUGGCAACACUUACUAAUCAAAGAUGGUAACAGACAUGUUUACCAAAACAAAAAAAUUAACUGAGGCUGUUCAGUUAAUAAAUAAUUUAAAUGAUGCCAGAUUUCCAUUGCUGUUAUCACGUAUUCUCCAGAAAUUGCAUUCCAAGGAAGAAAGUUUCACUGAAGAAGAAGAAGAAAAAUUACAGCUAGCACUUUCUCUUGAUCAGCAACAAUUACACCUUGUUCUUGAAACAAUUUCAUUCAUUUUAGAACAGGCUGCAUAUAAUCUUGCAAAACCAGCUGUAUUAUCACAACAACUGCAAGAAAUAAAUCUCCAAGAAGAAAAAGUAUCUUCUAUUGUUCAAGCAUGGGUAAACAAUGCUAAAAGUGUAACAGAAAAACUAAGACAGAGAACAAUUUCUCCUAGACAGCUUACAGAUGUCAAAUGGGAAUUGCGUUUACAAAUGGCACAAGCUUCACGGACAAAUCUAAAAACACCUCUGGGCAUUUUGGAAUUGGAAAUAUCAUCAGAUAAAGACAAAAAUAACAAAAUCCAAUUUCAAUUUAAUCAUCAACAGUUAUAUGAAUUAUAUAAUAAGCUGGAGAUUAUACAAAACCAAUUAGAUGCUUUACAGAAAUGAGUUUUGUAAAUUAUGAUUUUCAGUGUGAAUUUUCAUGAAAUGUAUUUAUAUUGUUGUAAUUUUUCAUAACUAUAAUAAAGUAUAUGUUUAAUAUAGAGCA